GUGGUGAAGCUGCUGUAGAGAUGAGUUGGGGGGCUCUGUACGCCCAGCUGGGCGGGGUGAACAAACACUCCACCAGCCUGGGGAAGAUAUGGCUGUCUGUCCUCUUCAUCUUCCGUAUCACCAUCCUGGUACUGGCUGCAGAGAGCGUGUGGGGAGACGAGCAGUCUGACUUCACCUGCAACACCCAGCAGCCCGGCUGUAAGAACGUCUGCUAUGACCACUUCUUCCCUGUGUCGCACAUCCGUCUCUGGUGCCUGCAGCUAAUCUUCGUGUCUACACCGGCCCUGCUGGUGGCCAUGCACGUGGCUUACAGGAAGCGUGGGGACAAGAGGCACAUCAUCGCCACGGCCUUGCACAGCGGUGGUGAUGACAAGACCAGGCAGGUGGACCUGGAGAGCCUGAAGAGGAGGCGUCUGCCCAUCACCGGGCCUCUGUGGUGGACCUACACUUGCAGCCUGUUCUUCCGCCUGAUCUUUGAGGCUGGCUUUAUGUACGCCCUCUACUUUGUUUACGAUGGCUUCGCGAUGCCUCGUCUGGUGAAGUGUGAGCAGUGGCCCUGCCCCAACAAGGUGGACUGCUUCAUCUCACGGCCCACAGAGAAGACCAUCUUCACCAUCUUCAUGGUUGCUUCCUCUGCCAUCUGCAUGGUGCUCAACGUGGCCGAGCUGGCCUACCUCAUCGUCAAGGCCCUGAUGAGGUGCUCCACCAGGAUGUCUAAGAAGAGCCGCGCCUACGCUCACCCCGAUCAAGUGAUCACGGCCAAGUCUCUACUACAGAAUAAAAAGAACGAGAUGCUGCUGUCAUCUCUUACCGAUUCCUCCAGCAACAAGACUGUGUGAGCACAGCCCAGUGCCAAUGUUCUUCCCCAUUAGACGACAGAGAACUAGGAAGUAGAAACCUAUCAGUGUUUUGUUACCAUGAGAAGAGAACAUGCUUGUGAGGACAUACCUGUAGCAGCUGAGAGGACUGGCCUAACCCUGAGUCUGCUUUUGUAGAUAAUUUUUCAAAUUCCAGUCCUCGAGUACAACAUCAACACACGUUGUUGUAACCCUGGACAAACACGCCUGAUUCAACUCAUUGAGGGCUUGAUGAUUAGUUGACAAGUUCAAUCAGGUGUGCUUGUCCCAGGGCAAAAAUUCUAAUGUGUAUUGUUGGGGUAUUCGAGGACUGGAGUUGGGAAACACUGUUGUAGAGGAUAUUACUUUCUCUGUGCCUUCCACUAUGUCACAAAUAUAGAGCAUUGCCCUGACUGACCCAUGGGGUAACGUUUUAAAGGGUUAGCAUUUUUUAUGUAUUAUUGUUUAUUGAUCUCGGUGCUUGUAUGUUUGAGCUACAUGUUUGUUCAGGUAGUUUGGGAGGUUGAACAGCAGUGACAAAUGGGUCUAGAGCGCCACCUUCUGGUUUACAAUGAGCUUGCAGGAGUUUAAUAUUUUAUUGUGGAGCGCAACCAGAAUUGGUUUACGUUACUUGUUCAGCUUUUGUGGGAGACUUUACCAAAGCAGAAGUGUGCAGUAUAGCUCCAAGUUCUAUUUGAGGCAUUCUAACAGCGGCGAGGGAAAUUUCUCGAGUACCAAAGCAAUAUUAAAACAGUGCCUUCGUCUAUUAGCAGUGUCAAAUAGUAUGAUGUACAUAAUGGUGUAUAUUGAGCAUUUACAUUUUAGUCAUUUAGCAGACGCUCUUAUCCAGAGCGACUUACAGUAGUGAGUGCAUACAUUUUCAUAUUUGUUUGUACUGGUCCCCUGUGGGAAUCGAACCCACAACCCUGGCAUUGUAAGUGCCACGCACUACCAACUAAGCCACACAGAGCAUGAUGUUUUCAGGUGAAGCCUAUUCCUGGACUUAAAAAGCAUGUUCAAUGGGAAAAACUGACCCUCUGAGCAUUAUGCCAACUGAGACAGACAUAUAGCCUAUUGUUGUCAAGACUGAUUGUAAACCUGGCUACAGAGCCUAACUGGGGGUAUCGUCUUUCAGCUUGUUCCUUGUUUUAGCCACUGAACUAAUCACUGCACCUCUUUCAAUGUGAGUAAGCGGGUUGAUCUGCAGGCAAAAAUGGCCUGUGUUCUGUCCAAAAAUGCAUGUAGAAGUUGGACCAUAAUAACUUGUAUCACUGUAGUGACAACUUGACUGUUACCUGUGAAAAGGCAAGGACCGUUUUACCAAUGAGAUGCAUCACACACAUUUGAUGUCUCAUGAUUUGGACAUUGACAUGGAAAGCACUCUGUAGGCUAACUUUUUCUCACAAUCUUCACAGUUGUAGGGGCACUUUUUGUUUGUCUGUUUUUAUAUUGUGACUGUUUGGAGGAAAUGCAAAAUUCGGAAGUACAAAUAUUUCUUGGAAAUUUUUUUGAAAGCCUCAACAUUGUCACACUUUAUAACAGCUAGAGCCUAGCUAUUAAUGUACAGCUUUCUAAACUGCAUGUUUUUUGAAAAAUGAAGGAUGUUUGUAUUAUUAGAUCUGCACUUUGACCCUGGGUCUUGACUGUUUUAAUAAAAAAACAUAAAUAAUACUGUGUGUUUACUUAAUGCUUUCACACUAUCUGUUGUAAUAACAACGAUUGAUUGCAUUGUUAUCAACCUCCAGUCACUGGGAUGCGCUUCUCUGGACAACCAAGAGAGGGCGAGAGGCUAUGUGGGUGACUGGAUUUGCAGUGUAACAAGUACAUUUUAUUCUAGUGAGGUGUAGAAUCAUAAAUUCCUAAAUCACAAAUGUAAGACUAUUUUAUUUGACAGGCCUAUGUUCUCGCCAGAAUUCCAAAUUAACUAUUUCUCACAGAUGGGUUACUGUAUUGUCAGAAAUGGCCAACUUCAGUCACUACAGGCCUAAGGUCAGAUGUAAAACCAUGAAAGAAGAACCAACUUUUCCCGGAUGGUAACAUGCACCCCCAGACUCCAUACCCUAUUUGACGCUUGAAGUUUAUAGGGGCGUGGCGUGCAUCGGUCCAGGUUGAUGACUUUCUGAAUUCACUCAUGCAUGGUCACACAAUGUGACAGUCGCGAUGGCUGGGAACGGGAGGGAGCUGCACUUCGCGGAAACCAAUCUUCAUGUUCAAUUCGCCUCGAAAAACUAACUUUUCUUGCUCAAGUUUGGCGGCGAAUCCACGUGUGAAGAAGUUUGUGAAUGAAUAACUUGGCCUGGCUGUGUUUAAAAGAGUUUGGUAAGCUGGCAGAGGUGCCAGGAUUUGGGGAAGGGGGAAGAGGGGAGGGCACCAGCUUCCUUGGGAGGUCUGUAGGCUAUACGACGCACUCAAAAUAUGGCACCAAUGGCAGAUGGAUAUUGCUUUCGAUAUUUAAAUUGGGCAUCUCCUGUCAAAUAAGGUAUGAUUGAAAUGAGGUGUGAAUAUCUUUCCUGGCACUGUCGUCCUAGACCAUGAUGCUGGUGACUGGUAACUCGUAUCAAUGCACAUUUUAUUUAAUUAACAUUUAAAUGUUGAGGGUUUAAAUAUGAGAAAUUACAGUAGUGACCUAUUGUAAUCGGGGUCAAACAAUAGGAUAACAAAUGUAUCGGGGAGCUUAAAUAAAGCCAGUGGCCACAAAGCCUAUCGGGCACCCUCUGUAUUGUCUACUUGUCAGGCAGCACACUUUGUAGGUUACUGUUGGCUAUCUGAACUUAAUCUAGUUAAGCAUUGUUACUUAUUUAAUGGUCAUCAAAACCUUCAUAAAUCAUCUGAUAUUCAAUCUAUUCGAUUUGUAUAAUAUGAUGAGACAUUUUCUGGACUGAUACACGUGUUUAGACAAAACAAAUGUUGAGACAACAAAGAACAUGCAACAUUCCAACCUUAUCAGAUAGGCUAUUUUAAUACUGUAGUCCUUAUAAUAGCAGUAAUAAUGAUAAUACAAAUAAAUAUUAAACAAAUAACUUUUAAAGCAUUUUGAUUUUUGUAUUUGUAUUUUUGACUAUGUGCUUUAUACAGUCAUUUAUUUAUCCAAUCGUUAGGUGCGCGUUUCUUUUCGAUCAAAGUAUUUCCCUUGAUCAGCACUUCAAAUGCUGAUGAGACAAUCAUUCAUUUGGGGUAUGUUACUUUUAAUAUGUUUAUAAUGUUAACACUUUUAAUAUAUAUUUCAUAUGUAUUUGCCAUGAAGAAAAAACAAAAAUCCCACAAUAUUUUCAUCAGGAUACAAACUAUGCGGUGGGAUAUUGAUAUGGCGAGAGAAAUAGGUUAAAACUCUCUCAACUCUCGACAUUAAAAUUUCUUUGCAUAUAAAUUCUGUGUCUAAAUGUCUUGUUUUUCCAAUCUAAUUAAUAUCUUAAUUUAUGACGUCAAUUACUAUUUACGAAUCAGAGCAUGGUAAUUUUCACUUCAAUAAGAGUUAAAAAAUACUAGUAAACCAAAAAAAUACCUAUCACGUGUGCCAGUCUGCUUAAAGAUAAGGGAAUAAAUAAAGAAUGGAUGAAUAUGUUCAUUGGUUUUUCUUCUUUUUCUUUACAGGUGUCAUAUUUAUUCUGAACCCUAGUCGAUGGAUUUAUUACCCUCAAUACAAGAACAUUUGAGUAAGUUCAAACUAUUUUAUGUUUCUGCUUGUGUUUUGCUUUUGGUGUGAAUAGUAGAUUGAUAGGCCUCUACUGGCAAGUUCAUGUGAACAACGCUAACCAAGCGCUAUACAUGGAUAACAAAGGUCAGUAUUUGGCUUCAUUCUCCUGUAUUUAACAGUGUUUCUUGUGACUAGGGCUGGCAAAUGUUGUGCAAUGUCUUAGUUUCAAACAUAUAUUCAGAGAUUAGUUAAAUAUCAUUCUCAUAGCUUGUUUUUGAGGAUCACAUAUCGGGAAAGUGUAAUCUGAUUAUUAUGUUUGGUUUAACUUAUGCAGUAUGACAAUGUACAUUAUUAGAUAGUUAAUAGCUUAGUCAAUAUAUGUAAUUGUGAAUAUGGUGUCUUUGCAUUUAUUGGCUGCAAUUUCUUAUACAAAUGACCAUUAAAUUGCCAUUAAAAGAGCACACAUUUUUCAGAGGCCAUUGGUUAUUUUUCUCUCAUCCUUUUUUAACAUGUGUGUUACAAAUGUAUUCGAUUUAGUUAAUGAAUUAUCAGCAUGUUAAAAGAGGCCUAUAGCUGCCCCCGUUCUCAAUGAAAAUGUAAUUCUGUACAUCACAGGCUAUAAAGGCCUAUUAGAUGUUGAACAUUGUAUGUUAUAUUGUUGGACUUGACACCUAUGGCUCUGUUGGAUCUGUAACAGUGGGAGUCAGGGCCUACACACCGCAGCCCAACCUCUGCUCACUGCUGUUUUUCAACAUUAUAAUGUUGAUCUCAGCAAAUGCCUGCUGGGCAGUGGAGCGAGCAGGUGAGAGAGAGAGAGAGAGAGAGAGAGAGAGAGAGAGAGAGAGAGAGUGUAUGGGAGUGUGUGUGUGCGUGUAUGUGUGACAGUGACUGAGUGAAAGAGUGGGAGAGAGAGAACAGGAGAGUGAAAGAGUGUUAGCAUAAAUGUCAGGUUCAUAGUUAAAGCUAAAUAGUGCUAAAUAGUGAAAUAGGGGGCUUCACAAAAUUCUAUGGCAUUACAGAACAUUUCUAUACUGUUCACUUGCUUUGACCGAUUGUUCGAUUAAAACAAUUGAUUUAGCGGUUAACGUCAAUGACUUCUUCAAGGCCAUUUUAUGGAAUUCAUUUUAAUAAGUGCUUAAUGUGUUGUGCCGAUGUUAAGUGUGAUUAACCCUUUGUAUGUUUGUGGGUGACAAGACCAUUGCUUGCUCUCUCUAGGUUUGUAGUGCUUUUCUGUCCUUUAUCCCACUGCAGUUUAUGCUGGGUUAUUCAUGCUUUCCGUUGGCAUCACUUUAACAGGUGUCCUGGCAUCACUUGAACAGGUUUGCUGACAAUCUCUUUCCAUCCUCUCUGUCUUUUCUUCCCCUGCUCCCUCUCUCCUCCCUCUGUUCACUCCAGACUGUACUUUCUCCCUAGGCUAGAAAUCUUGAAGCAUGGGUGACUGGAGCUUUCUGGGGCGGCUGUUGGAGAACGCACAGGAACACUCGACAGUAAUCGGCAAGGUCUGGCUGACUGUCCUCUUCAUCUUCAGGAUCCUGGUGCUGGGAGCGGCAGCUGAGGACGUGUGGGGCGACGAGCAGUCUGACUUCACCUGCAACACACAGCAGCCUGGCUGUGAGAACGUCUGCUAUGAUGAGGCUUUCCCCAUCUCGCACAUUCGCUUCUGGGUGCUGCAGAUCAUCUUUGUGUCCACGCCCACACUCAUCUACCUGGGUCACGUACUGCACAUCGUCCGCAUGGAGGAGAAGCGGAAAGAGAAGGAGGAGGAGCUGCGAAAGGCCAACAGACUCCAGGAGGAAAAGGAACUCCUUUACAAUGAAGGAGGGGAUGCAGGGGAAGGAGGAAGAGGUGGUAAAAAAGAGAAGCCACCUAUCAGGGAUGAGCAUGGCAAGAUCCGCAUUAGGGGUGCCCUGCUGCGCACCUAUGUGUUCAACAUCAUUUUCAAGACCCUGUUUGAAGUGGGGUUCAUUUUAGGUCAGUAUUUUCUUUAUGGCUUCCAGCUGAGGCCACUAUACAAGUGUGCACGGUGGCCUUGUCCCAACACUGUGGACUGCUUCAUAUCUAGGCCCACUGAAAAGACGAUUUUCAUAAUAUUUAUGCUUGUGGUGGCUUGCGUGUCUCUUUUGCUGAAUUUGUUAGAGAUCUAUCACCUUGGGUGGAAGAAAGUUAAACAGGGAAUGGCCACCCCUGAUCAUGUGUUGUUGCCCCGCUCUGAUGGUGUGGGUCCGGAGUCUAUAACUUCUGCCUCCAGAACUGCCCGUCCCAACCUCAGCUACCCACCGACGUACACAGAUGUGACGGCUGGGAGUGGUGCGUUCCUGCCGCCCAAGGUAGAGGCCUCCACGGUAGAGUUCAAGGUGGACCCCCUGCAGGAGGAGCCCUCAUCCUCCUACUACAUGAGCAGCAACAACAACCACAGGCUGACCACGCAGCAGAACUGGGCCAACCUGGCCACCGAGCAGCAGACCCGGGAGGUGAAGGCCACCUCCCCCUCCUCUUCCCCCUCCUCCUCCCCUUCCUACGCCCCGUCCUCUGAUAGUAAGCAGCAGCCCUGUGAUGCUGCUCCCCCCACCACCACCAGCAGCCCCAGCUCCAGUGGGGGCAGUUUGAGUGGGGGGAAUGUUGAUCAGGAGGAAGGCCACGUCACCACCACAGUGGAAAUGCAUGAGCCCCCCGUCAUGGUCACAGACCCUCGCCGGCUCAGCAGGGCCAGCAAGAGCAGCAGCAUCAGAGCCAGGCCCAACGACCUGGCAGUA